ACUUCCCUCGAAAAGCAUUCUCAGUUUGUUCUUCGUUCGAGUUUGACGUACGAACUUUAUUAUCUGCAAAAAUGACUGGUCGCGGAAAGGGAGGUAAAGGUUUGGGAAAAGGAGGAGCAAAGCGGCAUCGCAAAGUUUUGCGUGAUAACAUCCAAGGUAUCACCAAGCCAGCCAUCCGUCGUUUGGCUCGUCGUGGUGGAGUGAAACGUAUCUCCGGAUUGAUCUACGAGGAAACUCGUGGUGUUCUCAAAGUGUUCCUUGAGAACGUGAUCCGUGACGCCGUCACUUACACCGAGCACGCCAAGAGGAAGACUGUCACCGCCAUGGACGUCGUCUAUGCUUUGAAACGUCAAGGCCGCACCCUUUACGGUUUCGGCGGUUAAAUAUACACGUCAUCAUCAUCAUCAUUUGCAUACAA